GCUGACUUCACCGGAGUACAUUAACUCGAGUGUGGCGGUUGAAAUGUAAGCAGGAGCUGCAUCCUAUUUUUGCACGAAUGAAACUAUAGGCAUGCGAUGUUUUCCCGCGGCAUUUCUGUGGCCCUAGCGGGUAGAAGAGUUAUUUUAUCCACAUCAAAGUUCAAGAUGACUCUUCAAAAUGGAUCAAUCGUAGCCGCCCAGAACUGCUCCAACACAGCUGACAAAAAGAACAGUCUACGCUGGGAUCUGACCCUAGAGGAGAUCAGACACUGGACAGUGAGACUCAUCCAGCAGAUCAAACAUGCAUAUGACUCUGUGGGGAGCGUGGACAUGGGGAAGGUGUGCUUUGAAAACACACUGCAAGUCCUGGCAAAUGCAAAAUCAGAUUAUGCAGCUUUACGUCACAUGUUGGAUUUCCCUCAGUAUGUGUCUCCAUGUAAAGAGGUCAGAUCUGCGAGCACUGAGGCUGAUAAACGUCUGUCGGAUUUUGAUGUGGAAGUGAGCAUGAGAGCUGAUGUGUUUCAGAGGCUUAUAGUCCUCCAGGAAAAACAAUCCAAUGAUUUAUUGCCGGAGUCUAAGAGAUUCCUGGGACGACUUAUAAAAUUAGGGAAGCGGAAUGGAUUGCAUUUAUCCAAGGAUAUACAAGAAGAAGUCAAGUCAAUCUCUAAACAAAUAAGUGAACUCUCUAUAGAUUUCAACCAGAACUUGAAUGAGGAGAAUACCAUUCUCUUGUUCUCUCAAGAAGAGCUUGAGGGUCUUGCGGAAAGCUACGUGAAUGGUCUUGAGAGAACUGAAGAUGGGCGGUUUGAAGUGACGUUGGCUUAUCCUCACUACUUUCCUCUGAUGAAAAGAUGUCAUGUUCCAGAAACAAGGAGAAAGAUGGAGGCGGCUUUUCACAGCAGGUGCAAAGACGUGAACACUACUAUUCUUGAGCAGCUGAUUGAGUUGCGGGCAAAGCUGGCCAAACUAGUGGGCUUUAGCAGUCAUGCCAAUUAUGUUCUGGAAAUGAACAUGGCCAAAAAUUCAGAGAAUGUGGCACAAUUUCUUGAUGAGUUGUAUACAACUUUGAAACCAGUUGGUGAGCAGGAACGGCAUUACCUUCUGUCACUCAAACACGCUGAGUGCAUGAGGCGGGGUUUGGUCUUUGAUGGACAGAUCCACGCGUGGGACAUGCCCUACUACAUGAACCAAGUGGAACAAGUGAAGUUUGCAGUGGACAAGGACAAACUGAUCGAGUACUUCCCACUGGAGGUUGUGACUGAGGGCCUGCUGAAUAUAUAUCAGGAUCUUCUGGGUCUGAGGUUCAAGCAGGUGAAGAACGCUCAUGUGUGGCAUGAUAGUGUAAAACUAUACUCUGUUCUGGACUCUGUGACUGAAGAUGAGAUUGGACAGUUUUAUCUGGACCUUCAUCCCAGGGAGGGAAAGUAUGGCCAUGCUGCGUGCUUUGGGCUGCAGCCAGGAUGUCUUGGACCUAAUGGGGACCAGAGGAUACCUGUGGCUGCCAUGGUGGCCAACUUCACCAAACCCUCUAGCAACUGGCCUUCCCUGCUGCAACACCAUGAGGUGGAGACCUUCUUCCAUGAAUUUGGACAUGUCAUGCAUGAGCUGUGCUCCAGGACUCGGUAUGCAGAGUUCAGUGGGAUGCAGGUUGAGACAGAUUUUGUGGAGGUGCCAUCUCAGAUGCUAGAGAACUGGGUUUGGGAGAAGGAGCCGCUCAGGAAGAUGUCUCGCCACUACAAAGACGGCAGCCCGAUCCCAGACAGUCUGUUGGAUAAACUUAUCGCCUCCAGAGUGGCCAAUACUGGGCUGAUGAACCUCAGGCAGAUUCUUCUCAGUAAAGUUGACCAAUCGCUCCACACUAAAAACAGUUCAGAUACUGCAGCUGAGUUUUCUAAGCACAGCAGAGAUAUCCUGGGCAUCCCAGCCACACCAGGCACAAACAUGAUGGCUAGUUUCAGUCAUUUGGCCGGAGGAUAUGAUGGUCAGUAUUACAGUUAUCUCUGGAGUGAAGUCUACUCGAUGGACAUCUUUGUCAGCCGCUUUAAAAAGGAAGGAAUCAUGAAUCCAAAGGUGGGCAGGGAAUACAGGCGGGUGGUGCUGGAGGCUGGCGGUUCAGUGGAUGGCAUGGAUAUGUUGAGAACGUUUCUGGGUCGCGAGCCAUGCCAGGACUCGUUUUUCCAAUGUAAAGGACUUGCCCAGACAAUCACAGAGCAAAAUUCUCCUUAAUUUUGGACUAUCACUCACUCAAAAUUAAAAGAGUAUUCAAACCAAUGUUUAAUUUAGUUUCUUAUAAAAUGUGUUGUGUAUAAUUGCAUCUAUCAUUUGACUUGUCUGUGUUUUAUUUG